GCUGCCGCAAAAUUCCUGCACCUACCGGCCCCCGCCAAAUACCUAACGAGAAAAGCCACGAGUUCCACUGCCGCGGGCAGGAGGUGCACGGACCACGGUAUGCGGUCAUGGUUUGACCACAGAUCCAAUAAUCCGACGUUCUGGAGUCUCUCUGUCUCUUCGUCAACCACAUCCGCGCCGUCUGCUUCGAAAUCCGGCGGCUAAGAUCGACGCAUGUGCGGAGGUGGCCGGCCGCUGGGAACGAGCUAGCAGGGAAGGAGGAAGCCGGAAAGGAUGAAGGCCGCAGUGAAGGGGAAGUACGAGUCCCACGGGCGGCCGGCGUCGGCCACGCUCGCCGUCAACGUGAGCAACGUGAAGCUCAAGGCCACCGUCACGGACGCCACAUUCAUCAGCGGCCCCAGCUUCAACGGCCUUUCUCUCUCCGUCGAGAAGCCCGGCGCCUUCAUUAUCGACUACGACGUCCCCAGGAAGGAUGCGAGGUUUCAAUUCAUGAACUCGAUUAGGGUUUUUGAGAAGCCGCUGAAUCUGACCUACAUUCACGCUCGGGGCAGCGGGUUCACCACUCUCGAGGGCAGCCUCGUCUUCGACCCCGCCAAUAAGCUCUCCACCAACUACGUCUUCGGUUCAGGCCAUUGCAAGGCCAAGUACACCUUCUCCCAUGGAGGAGGCGUCAGGACCUUCGAGCCCUGCUACGAUCUCAUGAACAAUACGUGGGACUUCGCCGCCUCGCACAAGGUCUUCGGAGGAGACGUCAUUAAGGCGUCCUACCAUACGCCCAAGAAAUUGGUCGGCUUGGAGUGGUCACGAGAUUCUAAGGAGAUGGGUUCUUUCAAAAUAUUCACGUCAUUCAGCUUGGCUGACGAGCUUAAAUUUCCAAAGAUAGUUGCAGAGACAACAUGGAAUUUUGAAACGUCUUGACCGACAGACGUACCUACGAAUAACUUCCUCAGGCGUCUUUUUUUCUUUCAGUGCAAUUUUUUAAUACUGUUGGCUUCGAUUCUUGUCUUUCUGCCACUGUGAGUUGUGGCCAUUUGAGCUAAAAGUAACUGGAUAUGUUAAAUAUCACACAAAUUUGAUCAUCAGAUGUUCUCAUCGGCAAUGAAAUUGCCGAACUCUGUUCUGUUAAUUGAUAUAAAACAUUUUUUUGGGUGUC